AUGUUUAUCAAGAUAUACGGUGAGAAGUCGACGGUGGGGUACUCGGUGAUGCCUUACACCGUUGCGCUUAUGUCCUCGGGCAUCUGGCUCUACUACGGGGCCAUAGAGAAAGAUGGUCAUUUACUGAUUGGUGUUAACGCAUUCGGUUGCGUUGUCGAGACAGUGUACAUUAUCAUGUACAUUGUCUAUUCACCUCCUCACCACAAGAUUCGGAUUAUCCGUCUUUUGAGCAUCUUGUUGUGCAUAUUAUGCACAAUUAUCCUUUUCACAUUCUUUAUGUGGAAAGGAAAUACGAGGGAGGAGAUUGUGAGUUGGAUUUGCUUUGGAGCAUCCAUAUCGGUGUACGGGGCCACAGUUGGCAGCGUGGUUCGAGCUAUCAGGACACGCAGUGUGGCUUUCAUGCCGAUCACACUCACGUGUGUCCUCACUGUGAACGCCAUCAUAUGGGGCGUUUACGGCUUCCUUAGGGGAGAUGCCGCGAUUUGGCCUUGUACUCGGGGUCGUACAGGUCAUUGUGUACUUGGUAUUACAUUAGGUGCCACUGUCGCGGAGCCACAACUGGAGAUGGCGGCCGUUGACGGAGAUCCACUGGAGGUUGCGGCUGCCGGAGAGUCAGAGCUUGGUUUGGAGGUUGUGUAG